GGAACAUGCUGUAUCCCUGUUCUAAGUGCGGGAAAUGUUUUCUCAGACAAAACUAGACUUUACAUAUAUCAGAGAUCUAACACAGGUGAAAAGCCAUAUGUCUGUCCUGAGUGUGGGAAAUACUUUUCAGUAAAGCUUAGUCUUCACACACAUCAGAGAUCUUACACGGGGGAGAAGUUGCAUACCUGUCCGGAGUGCUGGAAAUGUUUUUCAUGUAAAGAAAUGCCACCCAAGGCAGCUGCCUUGUUUGCCUCGUGGCAGAUAUGCCCCUGUUCAGAGUGCGGGAAAUGUUUUUCACAGAAGUCCUGCCUGCAUAUAUAUCAGAGACCUCACAUGAGGAACAUGCUAUAUCCCUGUUCUAAGUGGGGGAAAUGUUUUCUCAGACAAAACUAG